AGAUUAUUUUUAAAAUUUUAUAAAAAGUUAUAAAAUAACCACUGUUGUAGAUACUUGUGGCCCGUCCUAGAAUUUAUAGCGGGAAUGAAUAUAAAGAAGUUAUAAUUCGGCCGUACAUUUCCUUAGCUCCAUAAAUACCAAGCUCAGAAACUUGUAGCUACACCAACUUCAUCUAAUUAUUCAAUCAACAAGACUCCCAAAACAAAAAUUCUUCUUAUUCUUAUAUCACAAAAUUCUCACAGUAUACUUCUACUACUUGUACUCUUACUCUCAGUCUCACUUAACCUUAACAAAAAACAAAAACUCUUCAGUUUUAACCACAACUUUUUCUUUUGAUAUCUCUAUAGCUUUUCUCUCUCUCUUUUAAAUCUCUCUGCAGAGUUAAAAGAGAAAGAAAAGAAGAAAGGGAAGUGAUCCGUACGGACAGAAGUAGUAGAGGGGAGGCUCCAAUUCGCCGCAUAUUAUUAUUAUCAAGGCUAAAAAGGACUCUGCAAAAAUGAAACUUUAUAUGACAGCAGCACCCUGCAAACAAGUUCAUCAAGUUCAAGUUCAACCUUUGGUUAAUUUCCAAGGUGGUUCGAUCAAUCAGGUGGGAAUAAAUGUCGACACCUUCUUCCGCCGCAAAGACAAGGUGGUCUUCGUCGUUGGAGCCACAGGAACCGGGAAAUCACGCCUAGCUAUCGACCUGGCCACAAGAUUCCCUGCCGAGAUUAUUAACUCAGACAAAAUGCAAGUUUACAGAGACUUAGAAAUAACAACGAAUAAAGUCACCGAAGAUGAAUGCCGAGGGGUCCCUCACCACCUUCUCGGAAACGUAGCCGAUCCCCAAUCUAACUUCUCCGCAGCUGAUUUCUGCCACCACGCUUCCUCUGCUAUCGAAUCCAUCCUCAGCCGUGACCGCCUCCCAAUUAUAGCUGGCGGCUCUAAUUCUUUUAUUGAUGCUUUGAUUAACGAUCACCACAAUCAUCGCCGGCCUCAAUUUCGUCUUCGUUACGAUAUUUGCGUUUUGUGGGUAGACUUAUCUUUACCGGUUCUACACGGCUUUGUCUCCGAGCGCGUAGACCGGAUGGUAGCCAACGGAUUAGUCGGAGAGGUGAGGCGAAUUUUCGAUCCAACAGCAGAUUACUCUCGAGGAAUUCGACGAGCGAUUGGUGUGCCCGAACUCGAUAAAUACUUCAGAGCUGAAUUGAGAGGAGAUAGUGAGAAAAACAAAGCUAGAUUACUCCGUUACGCCAUUGAUGAGAUCAAGAAGAACACGUGUGUUCUAGCUUGUCGCCAAUUACAGAAAAUCAAUCGCUUCCACGAGAAUUGGAGAUGGAAUACUCAUCGAUUGGAAGCUACCGAGGCUUUCUUGAAGCGUGGCCAAGGACUAGAAGCCGGUGACGCUUGGGAGAAGCUCGUUGCCGGACCGGCCACGAUGAUCGUCGACGAUUUUCUUUACAGUGAAGGAUUAGCUUCAAUGGUUCCUAACGACGCCGUUUUAACGACCGCUCCCGUUUCCCUUGCUUCCGUUGUUGCUGCCGUUACCCGCUAAUUAAUUAUGUAAUUAUUAUGAAACUGCCUCUAACGACACCGUUUUGAUGA